GAUUUUCUUUUGUUAUAAACUUAUAACUUAGUUUUUUAUAAUUAAGAUAUCGAGUGUUUGUUUCGCCUUUUCAUCCUUGUGUUGCAAGGGGCUGUGUGCAGAUGCUAUGGUAGUAAGCGUAGGUGAUGUCUGUGGUGGAAUAUGAUACACGGAAGGUCAUCCGUGAUGUAUAAAAAUCUUUUCAUUUGUUUAUAUUUUAUUCUUUAUUGUAUAUGUAAGACAACUGCGGCGGAGUUAACGUAUCCCCCACAUGGGCCUUUAGUAAAGUGUUCGUUUUUACCAUUGGAAUUCAUUGAUUGUGACCCUCUAAUAGAUCAUAAGGGUAAUAAAACUGCAAAGGAAGAAGAUGGUGGUUAUGGCUGUGUUAAGUUUGGUGGAUAUAGAUAUGAAGAUGUUGAAAAAGGAAAGAGAAACUGCACAGUACUACAAGACAUAGAAUGUGAAGGUGAAAGAACUUUUGGACGGGAUGGCUUUCCCUGUAUCAAGUAUAGUGGUCACUACUUUGCUAACACCCUCAUCUACAGUAUUUUAUUAAGUUUCUUAGGUAUGGACAGAUUUUGUUUGGGGCAAACAGGAACAGCUGUUGGAAAACUAUUCACUUUAGGUGGUGUUGGAAUUUGGUGGAUUGUUGAUAUAAUAUUGUUAGUGACAAAUGGAUUACAACCAGAAGAUGGAAGCAACUGGAAUCCAUAUGUAUAAGUGACUUUGGAUUUUAUACUAUAUGCAGAACAUUUUACAUUACUGAUGUGAAAUAUUAUGAAACCAGUGUGGCCCAGGGUUCAUAAUCAACAUCUCAUCUACUGAUUACAAGGACUGAGGUUAUGUGAUUAUAAUAAAACACUAUUUGAUGCUUAACACCUUUACACAAAAAUAUAUUUCACCCUGCGGUUCACCAUCCAAAAUACAUUAUUUUACUUCA